AUGACGCUCUACAUGCUGAUGGCGACCCUUAUGCUGCUGCACGCGUGGAACUGGGUGCUGACGGCUCAGUUGUUCCGUCUGCUGCCUCUCAUGGACAUCUGGCUGCUCCACCCGCCCCUCGUGAUGUUGAGCGAGUCCCAGGCCUUCCGGCUGCGCUUGAAGCUCGGUUUGCGGCCCUUCGGAACGAGUGCGACGACGCCAUUCAGAGCUUGUCUAAAGCUAUCGUUCCCUGUGUUCGUGAGUUUGUGGAAGAAGCUCUCAGAGGCCAGGGCCAAAUUAUCGCAGAGGCCCUACGCUCCCAUCUUGAACCGCUGGUGA